AAUGACGUCAACGUUACUGGGCAAUGGUAUACAAUAUGGCCGUCGUUCGGCUGCGAAUUUGUGUUGGUGAUAGAAAAAAGUUUAUCUUUGUUUAAUUUAGCAAGAGCUACUUGGUGUGCUGACUUCUUUAUUCCUGUUCGAAGAGAAUAGUGUUUCCAAACCGAAGUCGAAAUGCCACCAAAGAAGAAGAAGGCAGCCCGAGAUCCUGAUACCACUGAAGCUGUUCUUAAAGAUGAUGAACAAGAAAUUAGAACCGAAAAGAAAAAGAUAAAAGGAAAGGGCAAGAAGAAGAAGAAGAAAGCUCCUCGUGAGACAACAGAAGCACCAGUAGAUGAAGAGGCGUUGGGACUGGUGAAUGCUGCUCUUGAGGAAGAACCACAAACAGAGGAUGCUGCUGUGGAGGAAAAUAAGGAGGAUGCAGCCAGAAUUAGAUCCCCUGAGCUGGAAGAAGACCAGGCUACAAAAGAAGCGGAAGAAACUGAGGAUGCAGAACUUCAAAAAGACAAACGUCAACACUUCUCAUCUGCAGCUGACCAGGGGGAUGGACAAGGAGAUGAUGAACCUCAUGAUGAUCAGGAUCCUAGUCCUAAUGGAGAAGACACAGUUGUCGCAAGUCAAGACAUCCCUCAGGCAGACACAGAACCCCAGAUGGAAGGCAUCACUGAUGAUGCAGAUGGGGACAGAGAAGAAAUGAAGAAACUGGACAAUGAUGAUGAUGCUGCCGAGGAGAUGAUUGUGAGGCUUGAUACAGAAGAGAAGACUCGUAGUCGAAUGAACACAGAGGAGUAUGACGAUGCUGACCCAAAAGACUUUGGAAUUGAAGUGGAGUCCGAUGAUGAGUAUAAGUAUCUCCCACCAAGCAACGAUGACCUGCCCAACCUGGAGAACCUGAUAGGCACCCUGGAGGAGGGAGACAGCGAGCUCCACACGGAGCGGGAGCCACCAACCCUCUUCAACAGACCGGAGCACGAACCCAGCUACCGCCAGAUCUCACACCUGCGCCAGGAGCUGGAGGAGGAGAAGAUCGACCCUUACAUUGAUCGCUUUGAGGACAACGUCCGGGACGAUGUCCUCAUGAUCGGAAACAUCUCCCUGGAGGAAGUUCAGGAGGAGGAACGUCGAUUGAGGGAUGAGCACAUUGCCUAUCAGCAGCAGGAGGCACAGCUUGCUAGAACCAGACAGGAAGAUAUCCUCCUCAAGGAAGAACGUUCCAAGAAACAUGUCACUGAUGUCAUGAAGAAGAAGCGCAAGGAGCUCGCCCUAAGGGAGGAACUGAGCAUCCAGAGGGAGCGUCUGCUUCAGGAUCAGCUCCAUAAGACAUUCAAGAAGGCAGAGAAUCUCCUGAAACGGUCUCUGGAAAUAAGAAAGGGAGAGGUCAAGACUAUGUAUGGCGAUCUCAUGAUGGCUGAUGGUCAGUAUGGUGGGUCAAAAGGUCGUCGUUGGAAAGUAGACUGGAAUCGAGCUCCGCAACCCAUACAAAUCAAACUCAAGUGCCUAAGAGGAGUCAAGGAUAAGCUACCUGCUGGCCGGUUCAUCCUUAUGACAUCCCUGUAUGACCGUCUGGGUGGACAUGUCUUGCGCUGGUCAAACCUACGUGGUCAAGAAUGGUCUGGGUCUACACUCCCUCUCAACCAUGAUGGCCAUUUCUACAAUGUGGAGAUUACAAUUGAUCAGAGUCAGUUCACAGUUUGUCCAUCAAAGCCAGACAUCCGUCCAGGCAUGGUACUGGUCUUUGAGCUCUUCUUGCUCCGUGGUACCCUUCUGCCCGUCGAUAAGGUGGUGGCCUGGGGCGUAUUCCCCAUCUGUGAUGGUCAGUUUGAGGUCCUCCAGGGAAAGUAUAAAACACCGAUGCUGAGGGGAGAGAUCGAUACUCGCAUUGACCGUCAUGAGACGGUCGAGAAGCUGAUGGCAUCAGACCUAGAUCACUGGCUUUGUAAUCUCUACUUCGAGAUUGUGAGGUUGCCAAGGUACCUGGCUGGUCAGAAAGAAUACGAGGUGGAGCUUCAAUUUUCCUCUAACCUGAUUGGGUACCCUGAUAGAACCAAAGGAGCGGAAGAAGCCAUUGAUGGUGAAGAACCUGUCCCAGGAUCUCAGGCUGACAUGGUCUCAAGUAAUGGUGAUAACCAAUCAGCUGCUGAUGUCAAGGGGUCAAAGGUCAGUUUUGGUCUUGGCAGCGAAGAAGGAGAGGGAUCUACUCCAAGAGAAGGUAGCAGCAGCGUUGGUACAGGGAGCAUCAAGGCUGGUCUCAUAAGCAGUGAGGGCAGUGUGAAGGACAACGACAGCAUUAAACUGGAGAGCGAGGCCUCCACCAAGACCCUGGAAUCAUCGGAAGGCGUCCGUUUCCGUGGCACCAAGCCAAAGGACGAGGACCCUCCUCCAACCACCGUGGGAUCCAGGAAGCUCCUGGGCAAGUACGAGAAGGCUUACCUCGACACGGACUCUGAGUCGGAUGAGGACGACGAAGAUUACAUCAAGAAGAAGGAAGAUGGCUUCCGACCGGUCAAGGGAGAACCUGGACUCUUCUACAAGCAACACCUGAACCCACCGCAGACCGACUACAUCCGGCGCAUGUACACCAUGAUCCCCAAGACAACUCUACUCAACCAGCGCAAGAAACGCAAGAAGCUCACUCAUCUUGAGGAGCUAGCCACCCAUGGCUUUGCUGUGCAGAAGCCGUUCUCUACGAAGGGUCACACCGCUCGCCGGGGCCACGAGAAGGUCCAGUACAUCAGUCGUCAGCUCUUUGCGGAGCUGGGCCUGUCCCAGUGGCGGUCCAGGGAGUUCUGGACCCUGAUCCUGCUCCUGUGUGUUCUCUUCUUCAUCAGGAUGUACCUUCAUUACCUAGGCCAGUGGGCCUUCCUCAACAUCAUCACAGUGCCUAUCAGCAAAUUCCAGUUCCUGCCUUACACGGUGACCCUCAACUACCAGUCGUCUCUCCUGCAGACCAGCGAAGAGGUAGCAGUGGUCAUCCUUGGACCGCUGACCAACAUCGUGAUCCUGUCCCUCCUCGUAUUCAUCUGUUGGCUCUUCCAGAAGGUGGUGGGGAACUUCCCGGACCUCUUCUGCAAGUUCGUCAUCGUCUUCUCCAUCAUGACCCUGCUCGACCCCUUUCUCAUCGCCAUCAUCGAUGCGCCUCUUGGGCGUUAUUCCAAUACUGACAGCGAUGUACCCAUAGCAGAUGCAGCCAAACUCUAUUACCACUUCUACCGUAUCCAUGACAAUGGCCUGAUGGGUAUCCUGUUGACAGUUCCCAUCAUCCUCUUCCUCUCCUUCUUGACCUGUGUCAUCUUCUACAUGUACUUCCUGCGGCUGCACAAUAACGGUCGCAUGCUGGACAUCUACCACCGUCUCCACGCUGCAGAGGACGACUUCUUCAUGCCCUUUGACCUGGAGAUCAGCAACCAGGAGCUGGCUUACAUCUGUAACAAGGCAGAGCAGUGGAGGGGCGAGGAAGGAGAGAGACGCAAGGUGGCCGUCUACGAUUACAUUUGGGAAGAGGAGGAUGAGGAAGAUAACUAUGAUGAGAGUCCACAGAAGUCCAAAGAGGAGGAAGGCAAGCGAGAGAUCACCACUCAUGUCUCUGUUCAUACCCUUCACCUGGAUGGCUUGCGAGAGCUCUUCCGACAUUUCUUACGCCUCCCAGAUGGCUCCAUUGUCGAGGUAUUUGGUGAAAUGGGCGUGGUUGGAUUAGACAAGGACUUGCGUGCUGCGCUCCAAAACCAGUCCUCUGGUCUUGAGAAGUGGGCGGGGUCAGCAGAGAGCAUACACCUACUCUCCCUGGACCGGGCGGGGAUUGACCGCACCCGCCCCAAGACCCAAGGGGGCAUCGGAUCCCAGGAUCUGCUCAACAUCCCCGGGACACCGUCCCCCGCCCUCCGGAGGAAGGGGGAAGCGUUUGGGGCGGGGUCGCUUGGAGAGGGAUCCAAGAUGACCUCCCAGCCGUCUCUGCAAGUACCUCAUAACCUUGGCGGGGCGUCGCCCACCAACAGUGAAGUAGAAGAGAUGUAAGAGUCUAGUCUGCUUGCACCAGUGGCAGAUAGGGUGUUUCAUAAGGCUGUUCGUAAGUUACUAACGACUGUAUGAACGACUGGUUAACCUUUCAUAUGGUAAAUGAUACAAACCAUAUUUUUGUUGUUGUUCAUCUAGUUCCUAAGAGAAGGUGACCAGUCCUUUGUUAAGUUGCUUGAAACUUGCCAACAGGUUUAUGAAACACCGACCAUGUUAGAUAUAAUACAUUUUUAGCACUAUAGGAUGAGAAUUCUAAAAAAAAAAACUAUUAUUAUUAAGCUGGUUAUUUGCAUCUCGGUGAAUUAUUUGAUCUCAAAUUUCUCUGUUAGAAAUAUGGUAUGUAUAUUAUCUACUACCUUUACGGUAUGUAGAUGUAUAUUUUCUACUACUGUAACAUAUAUAACAUCUCAAAUUUUUUUAAGUGGUUGUCUUAGAAAUAGAGACAUACUGUAGAAGUAUGUUGUGUGAUUCUUGAUAUUGGAAGUAUAUUAUAAUAACUAAAUUUGAAAUCACCGUCUAUCAUCAUUUGCAAACACCCAGGGGUUGUAGGAAACUUAUUGUGAUUUCUUAUACACAAGGUUGAAUUGGUAAUUUUUCAUUAUGUACGUCAGAUAUCAUUACCAAAUUUGAAAUCACUUUGGGUAGUCUAUCAUUUUUAAAUUCCCAUGGGUUGUGAAUAUAGUGUGAUUCUUAAAGUAUCAUUACGGAUUUUUAAAAGGUCUUAUUAUAUAUUUCAAAAACAUCCAGGGGUUGUAAUUAUAGUGUAAUUCUUCAUUAUGUAUUUACGAUUUCCAAUCAAUUGUAUAAAUCCGUCAGUGUCAUAAUUUUUUUUAAAGGAAAUUUGCAAAAUUUUCAAAGGAGAACACACAAAAUUGUCAAGAAAUCAAUGAAUUUAUGAAUAUACAUCAAAUCUAGAAAUGAAUUUGAUCAUGCAUGUUAACUAUGCUGGCUUUCCAUAGUUGCGACUGAUCAUUCGCAACUCUUUGUAAGACGGGGUUGCGUAUUUAUUGUGAUUUUGAAUAAGGAGGGGUUGUGAAUAUAGUUCGAUUAUAAAAUGUACAUCGGGAAUCACUACCAAAUUUGAAAUCCCAUUUUCAAACACAAGGGUGUAGAUAUAGUGCGAUGCUUCAUUGAAAUCCUUGUUUUUGAUUGGCUAAGAAGCACUGGCCUCUGUUUACUGACAACAUGCAUGAAACAAUCCCCAGAUUUUCAUAACCAGUUUCACAUCACAUCCAGGGGUUGUAAAUUUAGUGAUUCUUCAAAAUGUAUAUAGAAUUUGAAAUCAGUCUUUCAUAGUCUUGUAAGUUUAUGUACAUAUUAUGCUUCAAAGUCCGUCCAUGAGCGGUUAUGUGUCUUUCGUGAAAUCAUGUAAUAUAUGGAGAUUAUAUUUGAUAAAUGCAAUUUUUCAUAUUCUGUAUGCCCAACGAUCAAUUCUAUUUACAUAUUUAUACCCUACAGUUCUAUUUAUGUUUGUGUGAUGUUGAAUUUCAAUUUUGUAUGUAGAAAGCCGUCCAUUUGUUUACCUUGCUUUAAAGGAGAAUGAAACCCUUGAAACCAGCUGAAUCCAUAUCAAAGAGAAAAAUCAAAGAAACAUAUUGUUGAAAGUUUGAGGAAGAUUGAAUGAAUAAUAAGAAAGUUAUGAGCAUUUUAAUAUUGAGAUCACUAAUGCCAUGUAGAUCCUCCCAUUGGCAAUGCGACCAAGAUCUGUGAUGUCACACACGUACAACUCCCUCAUUACUUUAGUACUUAUUUCACUUAUAUUCUCACUUUUAUAGAGUCUAUCACAAGGUGAGGUGUUCUCUUUAUGAGAGGACAAGUACAGAGGUUUCACAACAUUAUAUCAUUGAUGAAUCGUUUGUCAUAUGAUUAGAAUGAGAAAAAAAAAUGUUUUGGGGUAUAUUUUCAGCGUCCAAAAGGGGAGAGUUGUUCAUCUGUGACAUGAUAGAUCUUGGUCGCAUUGCCAAUGGGAGGAUCUCCAUAGCAUUAGUGAUCUCGACAUUCAAAUGCUCAUAACUCUUCUAUUGCUAGUCCUAUUUUACUCAAACUUUUGUUGAUCUUAUUCUUUGAUUUUUCUGCUUUCACAAAAGCUAACUUGCUCCAAGAGUUUCAUUCUCCUUUAAAGUUACUGAAUGCUACUUGAUAAUGACGUCCUGAAAUGUAAAAUUGUUUGCAGUGUACAAGUAUGAUUUAGUCUCUUGAUUAAAAACUGAUCACACUUUCUAA